UAAAUGCCUCUCUAGGCAGACGCUCGCUUUCUCACCUUGGGGUAUUUUUAUUUGAAUCUAGGCGCAGGCAUAGCUUUAGCAAUGGCUUUGGAACUGUGGUGAGGGCCCAGCUAAUCGGCCAGCAAUUUCUCACCGCCCAAGUUAUCUAUUACCCGGGGCUGAUCUGGAUGUAAAAAUAGCCACUGAGGCUGUUUGUUUAAUCUGACUGUUAUUUGACACCACGCGGGUGUUCCAGGGCUGACUGUUUGCCUCUUCCCCACCAAGUACACCACUUGGUUUUUCCGGCUGAGUCUCUAUUUAGGUAAAGCGUCACUGACUUCCAGCCUCUGGCCGGCUCUGGGACACAGAUUUCCCUGGGCUGGGCAGGUUUGUGAGAAACAGGGCAUUCCAGGGCUCAGCUGCACCUCCCUCUCAUCUUUGGGGCAAAGAGGGAAAAAGAAGUUUGGACGGCUGAAGCGGGCGGCUGCCGGAAGAACCGGGUUCUCUCUCUCUCUCUCUCUCUCUCUCUCUCUCUCUCUCUCUCUCUCUCCCUCUCUCGUCCCUGGGGAAGAGGCCUAAAGCUCCAAGCGCUGAGACCCACAGAGUGUGGAAGAUGAGCCGUGAUGAUACGCAACACGGGCAUGAGAAGUUUUAAAGCUACAGAUCUCGAAACUCACUGAGGCAGGGACCUGCGGCUCCUACUUCUGUAACAGAAAACAGAGAAGAAAAAAAAAAAGUGCAUUUGUACCUGGUCACAGAGGAGCCUGAGUCUGUGGGCAGAGGACUGACCACACCUGACCCAAAACCACUGCCCAAAGGCGCCCGCCGGUUCACCGAGGCCAUCUUCCCAGUGCCGUCGGACGAUGCAGGGGAACAAGAAGUGCACGGAUGGGUUCAGCGACACCUCCAGCAUCGGCAGCGUGUUGGACGAGGCCGACAGGGAGGUGAGCAGCCUCACGGACCGUGCCUUCCGGAGUCUGUGCCUCUCCGAGGACCCGUUCUUCCACGACUCCGAUCUGGCCCUGUCCCAGGACCCCACCGGCCAGGUGCUCGGGGCGUUCCCCCAGGGCACGGUGAGCCACACCCACAGGAAAAGUGGCAUCUGGAGCCAGCUACCGGCAUCGCAAGGCACGGAGCAUGCGGGCUGGGCGGCCACCUUCCAGCAGCUACCCAAGUACGUGCAAGGCGAGGAGAAGUACCCCAAGAGCAGCCCCCCGCUGACUCCGGCCCAGAGGAGGCUGGAGGUGCCGGUGUCGGGCCUCAGGAGCGGCAGCAAGCCCAUUUCCAAGGUCUCGUCACUCAUCAAAUCGUUUGACAGGCCCGAGAGCCAGCGCUGCGACAGCAGGCCGCCUCCCAGCAAGCCCCCCGUUCUGAAAACCACCCCCAAGUUCGCUCCUCUUCCAGACAGCGGAGUCAACUUCUGCUUCGAUUCCGCCUUCUUAACCGUCCGCAGAGUGCCCGCCGAGGUGUCCAACACGCAUCAGAACCAACCCAGCAGGAAGCACGGAGGCCAGGAGUCCCCCAAGAACCCCGACAUGGCUUGUCCCGGCUCCGGCAGCUUCCUCCCAGGCGUGGACACUGUGACCAGCUCAGCCCAGUUCCCCUCCCCGCCCCACAAGCCAGCCAAGGGCGACCCGGGAGAGGCAAAGAGUGGGCUCAAGGGGACAUUUCUACACAGUGAAAACAGUGCUUUCGAGUCAUGGAACGCCCACCAACCCAAGCUCUUGGAGAGAAAGGACACCGCGGACCCCACCCCAGACACCAAGGCCCCCAAGCUUUACCAGGAUGCGCCCUUGCUAAGGGAGCCCCAGCCCCCCGAGCACAAGGUGUCUCCCUGCCAAGUCCGGGCCAGCUGCGGUCAGGAAGAGAGCAGGUUAGCGGCAGGGGCUCUGUCCACGUCGGGACCCUGGGGGCUCAGGGACCCGGGAUCCCAGGCGUUCGCGACGGAGGGCAAAGCUGCCAGCUCAGAGCCUGCCCCUCAGGUGAAACCCAGCCAGCCUCCCUGGAGGAAACCGAAACUUGGCAAAGGAGGGAAAGAGAGUCUACAGGACGGGCCAGAAGGGAAGCAACAGAGCCCCAGGAGGGAGCCGCUCUUGUACACAAAGCACAAUCCCCAGGGGCAGUUUCCAGAACAGGAGGCUCCUGACAUGCCUGGGGACCCCAGCCAGCAGUACAGCCCCCCCUUUAACAUCAGUAAGCUCCUGACGCCCAUCAUCCCCACCAAGCAUGGUCUGGACGCCUCAACCAGCCAGCCGCCGGACACAACCCCCUCCCCGCCUGGCCAGCUCAAUGGCUACCAGGAGAAGGAGCCCGGCGAAUGUCCCUCACGGGACAGCUACAAGUCCAAGGCCCCCAGCCUGCUGUUCAACCUCAAGGAUGUACGGAAACGCGUGAAGAGCACGUACAGCCCCUCGCCUCUCCUGAAAGGGCUGGACGAGAAAAGCAGAGGGAAGGCUGACGGCCAGCAGGAGGCCCUCAAUGACUUGCUGCCCCUACCCAAUGGGCUCCAGGAGAGCCCACCUCAUGAGCUCGCCCAGGACAGCCCCGCCGAUGCCCCUCCGGCAUCCUACACCGGCACCCAGCAGGACCCGGCAGCCCGCCCCAGUGAGACCUCUGCAGGCAGCUAUGCAGCCCUGGGCUCGCCUCCGACUCCUGCCCAAGCCCCGUGCUGUGUCAACGGGGAGGCUGUGGAGAGGAGCUGUGAUGAGAAGGUUGAAGCCGCCGAGGACGGGGAGGCAGAGGUGGGUCCCGCCAGGCCCGGCUUCCGGCCGGACUCCAGGAACCGCCGCCCCAGGAAGCACCUGUCCCUGAAGCUUACGUGUGGCUUGGAAUCUGAGGCUGUGGCGGUGGAGACCCAGCAGCUGCAGAAUGGGCUCCCGAGAUCCAUCUCCCAGGACACGGAAGCCGAGAGAGAGCUGGGGCUUCCGAACAUGCACCCGAUGCAGAAAUUCUCCCCAGGGCCUCUGUCACCGGAGGAGGAGGACGUGUUCUACAGUGACAGCCAGUCUGAUUUUACGCCUGGCUUCCAAAGCAAGGCCAAGUUCAGCACCAGUUCCUCGGAUCAGUCCUUUGCUUCAUUCGACGAGCCGCAGAAGCCGUGGUUUGCCGCCACCGCCGCCGAGAGCCAGCGGGACGACAGGAGGAGUGAUGGGAGUGCAGGUGAUGGUGAGGAGAAGGAGAAAGGGGAUGUGGGGGGCAGUGAGGCCCAGCCUCAGGCCGCCGCCGCCGCCGGGAACCGGAAGGAGUGUGUGCAAGAGCACAGGCAGAGGGAAGCGUUGUUGCAGAGAGAAGGGGAGAGACUGCCUGCAGGGAGACAGAGGGAGGCAUCCACAGAGGAAGUGGAUUUCAGAGGCUCUCAGCCCGAGGUGGUGAGGGACAAGGCCCCAGUGCACGCCAAAGACCCCAUCCCCUCGCCACCUUCUGUGGCCAACAAGCACAUACUGUUUGCCAUCAAAGACAACACGCUCAGGGCCACCCCGGUCAUCAAGCCGGUAAUGCUGCCUCUCCUGAGGGCCAUGUCCUCCGAGGGCUCGCUCAGUGGCAGCCACAAAGGGGACGACUCACCCAGGCCAGCGUGGGCUGAGGACGCCCAGCUGGGUGCCCCGGAGAGCCAGGGUAGGCGUGGCAACUGCACCCCUACUGACGAGUGGGGCACCCACCUGAAGCCCGGCGCCUCCCACGGCCUGGAGGACCAGGACACAGCACAGCAGCCCAGGGCGGCCAGCAUGGAGGCCUCUCAGCCAGCGCACGAAGAGCUUUUCCCAGAUCUGCCACUGGUGGGAGAAGGGGACAGGCGGAAGGUCCCCCUAGAGGUAGCCCGCAAAGCGUCCUGGAGCAAGAGUAGGUCCGCCAUGCCCUGGGAAAUCCCUACCAUAGCUUUACCGGACAGCGACAGCGACCAGGCAACUCAGCCUCGCCCACAGCCGCCGGGCACCUGCUGGGAGGAGCAGGCGCGGGGUUUCCAGGGCCACUUUUUGGCUGCACCCAGAGCAGGGCCCCCAGGGAGAAGACUGCACCCCGGGGAGGCGGCGGCAGUGGCGGCUUCCCCAAACCCCAGCUCCCUGGAGGAGGGCAGUGCGUACUCCCCCGCAGCCAGUAGCCUUUGGGACGACACUUCCCAAGCCCCCAGCGAACCGGCGGACGAGCCCCCGCGAGCCAGCCCCUGGGCCGGCCCUGGCCAGGCCAGGGUCACGCGGCGCGAGGACCUGACGCACGCCCUGGUGUGGGAGACGGACGGCUCCGAUCCCCAAUUCGAAGGGGCCUCGGAAGAUCUCCGGACGCUGUCUCCGAGAGGCGCACUGCGGGACGCCUUCCCUAGCCCCGCGGGCCCCCCGGAGAAGCCCGAGUCUCCUGUUCAGCCGCCGCCGCCGCCACCACCACCACCACCGCCGGAGAGGGCGGCCGGCAAGCCUCCCGCAGUCCCACCCAAAACGGAGAAGGCCCUGCGGCGCGCCAAGAAGCUGGCCAGCAAGCGGCGCAAGAGCGAACAGGUGCGGGAGAAGCCGGCCGAGCCCGGGGACGCCACGCCCGGCGCCACCGCUGAGGACUGGGCACGGGCGGAGCGCAGGCCGCCGUCCCCGGGAGACGCGCCCCGGCCGCGCUGCGCCGCGCUGCGCUCGCUGCCGCCUCCCGCGCACCGCCACUCGGUGUCCGGCUUCCCGGAGCCCGUGGGGAGGUGGCCCGGGGGCCCCCAGGCGCUCACACCCCUGCCCCCGUACCCCGCUACCCAGAAGGUCCUCCAAGACCCACAGUCCGGGGAGUAUUUUGUCUUCGAUUUGCCGCUGCAGGUGAAGAUCAAGACCUUCUACGACCCCGAGACGGGCAACUACGUCAGGGUCCCGAUCCAGGCCUCCGACGGGGGCUCCCCGGAGCCGCCCCCGGCCGACGCCCUGGCGGCCCCGUACGUCCUGUACCCGAGCUGCCGGCCGGUGCCCGUGACCGCCCUGAGGCCGCUGCGCUGCUCCUCCCAGCUGGCCGCCCCCACCUUCCUGCGGCAGGCACCCCGCGCCCUCGAGGGCUCCCGCGCGCGGCCCCAGAGCGCCCACGACGUGGGACUGCAGCUGAGCGCCGGACCCCGGAGCGAGCCCGCCCCGCAAGCCGCCACUGCCGCCCAACGCCCCCGGGGGCUGCCCAGGAGCCCGGUCGGGGCAGGCGCGGAAGCGCCGGACCUGGGCAUCAUUUCCACCGAUGACCUGGAGGACUUCGCCACCGAGGGCAUUUCUUGAGGGUCGCGGGAGCCUGACCCCACCCCACCCCCCCCCCACCAGAGCUUAAGGCCCCUUCCCCCAGAGCCGCCCACGAGUGCACCCGAGACAUCAGUAGGCCCCAGGCAUUCGCCACCAGCAGGUGCAGGUCCUGAGGCAGCCGGGCCUCUGAGGGAGGGGGCUGCUUGCAUAGCCUGGACUCUCUGGCCUCCUUGGCGAUCCAGCCCCCUCACUUCCUCUGCCCCGCCACUAGCAUGGGUGGGUCACAGGACAGUGGGGCUCUAAGGGUGCACUAAUGCUGCACCCAACCUGCCCGCUCCCAGAUCGGAGAGGCCCCCAGAAAUGCUGAGCCCUGCUCUGGGCCCCAAGCACCCUACGAGGCCACACACCACACCACCCCGACCCCCGCCUCCUGCCAGGGGCCAGGCAGCACAGGGGUCCUGAAGCUCCAGGACCUAGCCAAGGCCAUGUCCCAGAUAUGAUGAGCUUAGAACGGGUUUACUUCACCAGGGAAAAUUUGUCUCCAGAAGCUUCUCCCCCAUCAAAAGGAGGCCACCUUUUACAAAGUGAAACAAGUUUGCAGAUGCAGUUCUGUCCUGUCUUUCUGUGAGCAGUGGGGGGGGUGGGGGGUGGGUUAUGGGGCAGGGGAUCUCCGCCAGGAAGGAGAAAGGGAGACCCUCAAAGAUGGCCCAGGGAAACUGAGUCAGGCCCUGGCUGCGCCAGUGUAGUGAGCGGUACCUGCCCCAGCCUCCGGGGAUGCAGAGAAAGCAUCUGAAUGGGGGGGGGGGGCAUGUGUCACCGCCCCUUUGAGAGUCUCAGAGCAGGUGCACAGGCAGGUGCACUGGGGUGGGGUAGCCGUGCCGAAGCCGCUUCAUUCCUGUUCUGGGAAAGACCCACUCCCUUGUUUAUGUGGGGACUGUGGAGCCCCGAGCAUCAGGGGACUGUGCAAAACGCCCGGACUGCUCUGCUUGCCAGGUCAGCCCACGCCGCCACUGAGAGAUGCCGAUUGCAGACUUGCAUGCAUUCGGGGCCUCUGAGCUGAUUCGGAAUUGUGAUUUGGGGUCAGGGUCGUUCACCUGUUUGCUUUCUCAACAGGUACAGCCAUACUUGAAUUUCGUUAUGACAAUGCUGCACAAACCCCCACCCCAUCCCAGUGCUCUGAAUUUGGCUACCUCUGGGUUGCCAGCCAGGUGAGCAGCUGUGAGAGCAGGCAUGCCGUUGUCCUGCAAAUCUGACUGCGUGCGAGGAGAGCAAAGUCCUGCCUUGAUGCCACCCCCACAUCGAGGUCCCCUCCGCUUUUGUCAUCUUCCUAAAACAAGAAAAAGCAUGCCUCUCUAACAUCGGCAGCACCCUCACCUCAAUGACAACCGUGGUGACAGCAACUGUGUCCCCACAAGGAAAACCGUGACUUUGGGGCAUUUAUUUGCCUCUGUCUUAGAUGUAGCGCUGGCGGGACUGUGGGUGGAGCUAAAGCCCCAGGGACAGGUGUGUGGAGAGCAGUCCCCUUGGCUGGGCUCUGGCAGCUUGCAGCAUCGAGGGAGUCCAGCCAGAAGGAAGCCCUCGCUUGCUCACUGCAAAGCGCCCGGGAUCCCGGAAGCAGAAGCCUCCAGGGGACAGAACUGACAGUCACUAGCUGAGGACAGCUCCUUGGCCAGGGAUGGCUGCUCUCUGUUCGACUCUAAGAGAAGCCAUUUGUGCCUCCUUCCCUUCCCCCUUUUUCUUUCUUCUGUCUCUCCUCCCCCCAACCUCUCUCUCAUUCCCCCUCCUCUUCUUCUCUUCCUUCCAGCCUCCUCUCUCUCUGUCUCUUUCUCUUUCUUUAGAUUUAUGUAUUUAUUUGAAAGGCAGAAUUCCAGAGAUAGGAAGAGAGAGAGAGAGAGAGAGAGAGAGAGAGAGAGAAAUUGAGAGGGAGAGAGAGAGAUCUUCCAUCCAAUGGUUUACUCCCCAAAUGGCCAGGGCUGGGCUAAUCCAAAGCCAGGAGUCAGGAGCUUCUUCCAGGUCUACCACAUGGGUGUGGUGGCCCAAAUACUUGGGCCAUCCUCUACUGCUUUCCCAGGUGCAUUAGCAGGGAGCGAAUCAGAAGUGGAGCAGCUGGGACUUAAACCGGCAUCCACAUGGGAUGCAGGUGGCAGAUUUACCCACUGCACCACAGCGCCUGCACCACAGCACCAGCCCCACCCUCUCUUUUACAAACAGUUGCACUGUGCCAGGCACUUUGAUGGGUGCUAAAGACACCAGAACUAUGGAAUCUGGUCUCUGCACUCAAGACACUAAACUCUAACAGAGGAGAAAGAGAGCCACGUGUUAGCCAUUGCCUAGGUUGCUCUGAGCGGCUCCUAGCUCCUGCUGGAAGGAAGAGGGGCUUCCUCUGGGAGAUGGGGCAUGACUUGUCAGCCAACACCAACUGAUACGUCAGCUUAUGAGAAAAGCAGGCUUCUCCCAGCCCUAGUCAUCGAUCACAGAUGGCGUCGAUUAGAUGCCGAUAGAUUUGCCUUACUGUAUCAAGGUGCAUUGAUCUAGCAAAUUGUUCUCGAACGUUUCCAAGCAGCAAGAGCUGAGGCAGUGCAGCUCCUCUCUCAGGAUAAGACCUUUCUUGAUAUGCUCCCUUCGGCUUUUGGGCCGACAUGUCACUCAUCUGACUUGCUCAGAAAAAACACUGCAUCUACCAUUGUGUUAUAGGACGGUGGUGAGAAUUAUGAAAACAUAAUUUCUGGAAACUGUGGGUGUCUCUCACAUCUUCUUCUGGACACUGACCCUUUGUUUUUCAAUGAGUCAGGGCCUCUCUCGGUGUCUCCUGGGGAGGGCACAGACAUGUGAAGCAUCUCAAAGGCACAAGCAAAGGUCCUGGGGCUGGUCAGCCAAAAAUGACCAGGAGCUCCCAUUGUGCAGACUGUGCCUGAGAUGGGGGUGCUGAGCCUGGGCCCAGUGAAGUUUUCCAUGUUGGCACCACCGAAGGAAAGGCACGGGAACAGGAUGCAGCUACCCACGGUCACACUGCCUCCCACGGAGGGCUCUGCAGGGGACGUGGGCCUCUCCAUCUGUGGUCCCCGGCCCGGCUGCCUCACCGUCACUGGGAGUCUGUGUGAAACCUCAGUAUGCAUCCUCUCCCGGUGCUCUCGGCCUCUGCUUGCCUGGAGAGGACAUGCAGGGGAGGCACACGCACUGGAGGUCUUCGCGGCUCCGCUGCACAAUCUUGCUUGCUUGCUGGGUGCAGAGCUGCAGGGGGCGGGGCCGCGCUCAAGGUGAGCCGGGACCUCUAAAAGACUAAGAGCUGCCUGCAUGCAACCUAGCAGCUCGGGCAGGUAGUGAGCUCCCCAUGAGUGGAGACGUACAACAGAAACUGGCGCCCCCUUUCCUUUUUUUUUUAAAGAUUUAUUUAUUUAUUUGAAAGUCAGGGUAACACAGAGAGAGAAGGAGAGGCAGACAGAAAGAGAGGUCUUCUAUCCGCUGGUUCACUCCCCAGAGGGCCACAAUGGUCAGAGCUGAGCCAAUCCGAAGCCAGGAGCCAGGAGCUUCUUCCAGGUCUCCCACGUGCGUGCAGGGGCCCAAGCACUUGGACCACCUUCCACUGCCUUCCCAGGUACAUUAGCAGGGGGCUAGAUCAGAAGUGGAGCAGCCGGGACUCGAAUCGGCACCCAUGUGGGAUGCGGGCACUGCAGGCGGCAGCUUUAACCCACUACACCACAGCGCCAACCCCAGAUCGAAAGCUUUGGACGAAUGUUCAGCAGCACCGAUCACUAGCGAAGUGCAAACGGGAGCCACCAGUAAGACGGUGCUAUCAGAGCAAACAAGCAACAGCAACAACAGAAAAACGAACUGAGAUGGCAAAGAUAACUGGUAUACCUUGUGCACCACUGGCCGGUCCCAGAGGCAGUCCUGGGCACCAUCCCGGUGCUCUGAAUUCCUUGCCCCCAAUUCAAACAGGCCCCAGACUUGUCACUGCUGCUUCCCAGGGUCCUUCAAUCCAUCAGCCAUCUGACCCCACUGUCACCCACACGCCCUGAUUGCUGUCAGAGACUCCUGACUGCCCCCACUCCCAAACGACUGCCCACUGCGGUGCCCAAGGUCCUGACCCUGACCGGAACAUGCUCACCUCAGGGAAGAGCUGAGCUCUAGGAUCCAGUGAGCAAGGUCAGCAGGUACUGCAACCCCGGGGGCACUCAUGGGAAACGGACAAGAGCAGACUGCAAACAACAGGCCAAUAGGAAGCGGACCACUGAGGACCACACUUGGGACCCAUAAGCAGGAGACAAGAGAAGGCAGUGAGCUUAGGGCCCCUGGAAGCAGACAAGGGAACACCAGCCGGGAGAGGGUGAUGGAGGAGAAGGGAGGGAGGCUGUCACUUUAUUAACUCAGCUCAUGGCCUUCUCUUGUGCAUCUCCUGUGCACCCUGGGGUGCCUCGCCUUGGACACACUGUCCUUCACGGGGGCUGUCCCUGACGCCCUCAGUGCUGGACAUCUACCUCGGUCCACCAGCACCACGCACCUCCAGGGUGCUGUACAUAUCAUGUGUCUCCUUUGCCCACCCGGUGGUCAUUUUCUGGAGGGAGGGCUCUUGCCCGUAGGUUCUCCAUGCAUCUUCAGGGGCUGAUGCAGAUCACCAGUAAACAUCGAAUACACUAGGAUUCUUAUUUUAAAGUUGAAUUGAAGCCAUUACCAAAAAAAAAAAAAAAAAAAAAAUUGGG